AUGUCUGAAGGUGAUAGUAACUCAACAUUCACCCUAGAAUCGCUAAAGCAACUACGUAUUGGAAAGACUGUAUUACUGGUAAUAAUUUUUUAGUUAUUAUUUAGUCAGUUUGAACUUUCGUUAAAUUUAAAAAAAAUUCUUUUGUAAAAGUUGUAAGUUUAUCACUUUCAGGCCAUAACAGACGUGAAUACAGAAACAAGAAACAUAGUGAAUUUGCUCGACCUUAUAAUUGAUAUAGUGAUUUGUGUUGUGUAUGGAUUGGCAGUGCUUUGUUGUUUGUUAAUUUUAAUUUUAUUUGUAAUUUAUCAAAGACAAAGAAGGAAGGACAAAUACUCAGAAUGGUUGGAGAAGGAGCAAGACUUGGAGCACAAAUUAGACAUAGCCUAG